AUUUCAUUUGAUUACAUUAUAUACAUGUAGGUAAUAAUAUUCUCAUGACAUAUGUUUAUAAUUACAAUUCUCUAUAAAUUUUAAUAUUUACUUUACAUCAACACGGAUAUUCGAAGAUGUUAUGGAGAACAAUUCUUCCUAUUCUGAGAAAACGCCUUCAUGGCAGAAUUGCAUCUACUGCCCAAGUUUACUGUUCUCUACUGCAUCAGAAUUUGAAAGGCAUAUCCAAGACAAACACAGUAUAAGAGAUGGAUCCAUCAUUUUGUGUCAAUAUGGACAGAAUGGUAUAUGUUCAGCAUUGCAGUUUGGAGAUUUAAGGAAAGCAGGCUUUAAGUAUCAUGUCAGAGAACACCAUUUAUAUGCCAAGAAUGUUACAGAUGAUUGGACAUUUUAUUCAUCAUCACAAAAUCUGCCAGCAGUAUUAAAUGACCCUAACAAAGGUAAACAAACUAACUUUUUUACCAAAACAUGGGGUGAUAAUUUUAUAGAUAAAGUUGAUAUAUAUCCUAGUCCUUAUUUACCUGAAAUCACCUUGGCACAUUUUGAGGCAUACUGUAAGAAAAUUGCUAAAAGAUAUCGUAGACAUUGUAGAUUUAAAGAGAAUGUUCCAGUGAAGACAAAGACACCUACAGAGGAAAAUCAUUUUGAGAUACCUAGUAUAUUUUAUGAACAUUCAUUACCUUUGAGUGAUCCUAAGGUAUUUAGUAAGGUCUUCCCAUCUCUUAGCAAUACAGAGGACUCUAGUACGGCUAUACGAUCUUUACAGGAAACAUUAAGCACAUACCUUGAUGUGAUUGAAAUGAAAAUAUCAAAACAAGUUGCUUUAAAAUCUGAUGCCUUUUUCCAUGCUAUGCUAUCUCAUGAUACUAUUAUGGAGCAAAUGGCCAGAGCAGUAAGGACUGUUUGUAAGACAAGGAAAAAUAUUACUGAAGUGAAAGAGAAUUUGACUGAUUGCCCUUUAAAGUUAAUAAGUUUAACAAGAAUCAAUCAGAACAUGAGUAAUGUUCAUGAACUAUUGAAAUUAAUGGGGACUGUCCAACAAACACAACCAAUGAUUCAACUUCUAUUAAGCACUUCAGAUUAUGUGGCUGCGCUAGACUUAAUUAGUUCCACACAAAAAGUAUUAUUAACUCGUCUUUCAGGCAUACAAGCAUUUCGUCACUUAUCACCACAGUUAACUGAAAUGAAAAGAUUAAUCCAUAAAAUGCUUAGUAAUGAAUUUCAAAGAUUUAUUAUAGCUGAUUUAAAUAGACCUCCAGGUGAUUGUACAGAUAUCCCAGAAAGAGAUAAAAUUGUAUCUAUUGUGUCAGGAAUACUUCGGUUGAAGGAAUUUGAUUUUUUAGAUACUUUUAAAAUUGAAGCAAUGACAUCAAUUCAGGCUACAAUUAAACAGUGUGUUAUAGAAAUCAUUUCAGAGAGAGAUGGUAAUACAGAAAUUGUUUUAAGAGGGUCUAAUGCAGACAAUACAUCACUGCUAUGUAAUGAAGGCAUUAUAUUUCUUGAGAAAGUAACACCACAUUUAAUUAACUUGUUCAAUAGAAUUUUGUCUUUAAAUAAUUUAAUUUUAGAAAUAACACAAAUGGAAGAUAUAACUGGAAAUGAAAGUGAAGAUGUAUGGACACCUGAGGAACUGGUGUCAGUAGAUGAAAAAUUAAAAAAAAUAAUUGCUUCAUUGUCUGACUACUGUAAUGAACGAUGUGCAAAUUUAAUUGUAAUCAAAACAGAUAAAGAUUAUGUAUUUUCAGAUUUAUCUCAAUUAUCAAAGUUGUCCCAACUUAUUGAUGUUUUUUCUGAUGAAUGUGAAAAAAUCACAGGUCAUUACAGCAAUACAAUGAAAUUAGCUUUGAGAAGUUUUGCUAUGAAAUAUAUUCAAUAUUUACACACACAACACAGAUCACAAUUAACUAACACUCUCAAUAGUGAGAGAUGGAAAACUGCUGAUGUCUCAUAUGAAUUGCAACUUGUAAUAAAUAAGAUUUGUGAAAUUGGAGAAGUACCACCUUCACAGGAGUAUGACGCAGAAGAAAAACCAGCCAGUAAAUAUUUAGUUAUUAAUAAAGAAAAUUAUGCAGUAGUUUACACUGUCCAGGUUUUGAUUAAAAUUUUACUAGAGUACUGUGAUGCAACUACACAGUCUCCUAUUAUAGUGCAAUACAUGGUUCAUUGUAUGGUGGAGCUAAUCAGACUGUUUAAUUCCCGCUGCUGCCAAUUGGUGUUAGGUGCAGGAGCAAUACAGAGUGCAGGCCUUAAGACUAUAUCUACGUCAAAUUUAGCUUUAGUAUCUAGGUCUUUACAAGUGAUAUUAUGGCUUUUACCUUUAAUAAAGUCUUUACUAGAAAAAAUGCAUUCUAAAGAGAUAACAUUAACUGGAUUUUCUAAUAUUGAAAGUGAUUUAGCUAGCCAUAAACAAGAAAUAGAGAUUAAGAUUUGUUUCAUAGUGAGUAAUAUGUUAAGUUCUCAACUAUCAGGAUGGGAUGCCAAACCUCCAGUACCUUCUCAAACAUUCCGAAAUAUUUCUAAACAUUUAGUGAAAUUACAUGAAGCAUUAAUUGAUAUAUUACCUAUUGAACAAAUAAGGACCAUUUAUAAAAGAGUACAUGAUAAUUUUAAAGAUAAAUUGCGAGAGCAAUUGACUAAAAUGAAUAUUGUAGCGAAUGGCAGCCCCCAGCAUGGUGUAGUGACUUCUGAAUUAACAUUUUAUUUACAGACAUUGAAAACGCUUCGAAUUAUAAAUGAAAAUGAUAAUGAGGAUAAUAUUUUAUAUGAUAUUUGGUUACACUAAGGGAUUAUCCAAUAAAUAAUUAUAUAUAAAUAUACCUAAUAAUAGAGGCUAUUUUAGCUUUUUGUACAUAAUAACGAAAAUGACUGCACAGAUUAUAUUAUAGGCCAGAGUUAAUAUAUGUAAAUUAAAUCAUUACCUGCUAAUAAAUAAUUGAGUACUUAUUUUACUUUUAAUCAUUUCUCACAACAACCACGAGCAAGCAAGUAAUAAAACAUGAAUAUUUGUAUGAAAUUAUACGCAUUCGCCUUAUUUAAAGAUAGGUAUAAUUUUACAUUGUUAAAAAAUUAGUCCAGUUUGCUUCUGCAUUUAAUAUACUAAUGUGUAUAUAAGAUUAAAAUCUAUUUCUAUUUACGAUGACAGUGAAGUAUACGUAGCACUCCGCCCGUAAUUCAAGUAUAGUCACUUGUUCCAAUCUACUAUAAAAUAUAUAUUAUAUAUUUAUAUAUGCUAUAUAAUAUGUUACGGUCAAAAAUCAAUAAUAUAUCCAUUAUUCGAUUUUUGUAUAGGAUUAUAUUAUAUAAUUAAAUACUAGCUGUACUCGCGACUUCGUCCGCGU